AUGCACAAGGUGUCCUUUCGAAGAGAGUUACCCCAGAGACGAGGCGGCGAUGUGUUCUUUACGGUUUUCCCCUCCAGCUACUGCGAGGUAAACUUGGAAAUCCGGCUUCUGGAGUCGGCGGGGGCUGCGAGUGGGGGAGGGCGGCCUCGGGAAAUCCUAGGGGCCCGGCUCUUCUGUGGCCUUCCAGAGGCAAGGAUUCUGGAACUUUUCUUGAGUGACAGCAAGCUCUCCAGGGUCGGUGGAAGCGCCGCUCCCGGAGGCAGCUCCUGGUCUGAGCGCCGCCGGCCCUGGGGCCUCUGCUCUCAGCGGAGCCCCCGCCGCCCACCCCGACUUCGCGGUUCUGGGCACUCAUCUCUCUCUUUCUCUCUCUCUCCUCGGCCUCGCCGGGCCGCGCGGUCGCAGGGCUCACAGUAUGAACUCAAGGACAACCCCGGGGUGCACCCCGCCACCUUCGCCGCCCACACGGCGCCGGCCUACUACCCCUACGGCCAGUUCCAGUACGGAGACCCCGGGAGGCCCAAGAACGCCACGCGCGAGAGCACCAGCACGCUCAAGGCCUGGCUCAACGAGCACCGCAAGAACCCCUACCCCACCAAGGGCGAGAAGAUCAUGCUGGCCAUCAUCACCAAGAUGACCCUCACGCAGGUCUCCACCUGGUUCGCCAACGCGCGCCGGCGCCUCAAGAAGGAGAACAAGGUGACGUGGGGCGCGCGCAGCAAGGACCAAGAGGACGGCGCCCUCUUCGGAAGCGACACGGAGGGCGACCCCGAGAAGGCCGAGGACGACGAGGAGAUCGACCUGGAGAGCAUCGACAUCGACAAGAUCGACGAGCACGACGGCGACCAGAGCAACGAGGACGAUGAAGACAAGGCCGAACCGCCCCCCACCCUCGCAGAGAGAGACCUUGUCCCUCCGCCGGACUCGCCGCCGCAGCAGUUAAAGUCGCCCUUCCAGCCGGUUCGCGAGAACUCACUGGCCCCGCAGGAGGGAACGCCGCGGAUCCUAGCAGCCCUCCCGUCCGCCUGAUUCAGGGUCUUCCUUUAUUUUUGCGGGGGGAGGGGGGAGGAGUUCGGGAGAGAGGGGAUGAGGGAGGAAUUAAGACAAAUAAUUCAGACCAGUGUAAAGGACAAACUGGGCAACGACCUCAACGACUCCCAUCCGUCUCUUUCUGCAGAAAGGGGCUCAUCCCGGCCGAGCCCGUCCAGGCCGCCAGCCUCUGCCCACGGCUGGGCUAGGCGGCCGUCACUGCGGGCUGCGUUGAUUAUCGUUCGGUAAAUGCCCCCACGUGCUUGUGUCUUUUUUUCUUUCUUUCUGUAUAUAGAGUGAUUUCAGAUUGUACAUAGCGCGUCAGCAAACUUGUCUAAAUCAUAUAUUUUUGUCUAAUAAACUCAAUGAAAUGGU